GAAGCAAGCAGUUGUGGUGUUGUUCAUUGGGUAGAUGAGGAGUGGCCAGAGCAUCUGCAGAAUGCUCUUCACAAACUAUGGCUUUUGUAUGAGGAUUGCCAGCGUGCUAAUAGGAUGGCAUGUCUGGAACAUUCAUCACUUGUCCACAAUCUCACAUCACAGAAGAACAAGCUACAGGAGACUUAUGAGAAGCUUGUUGAGGAGGUGAACAACCUACUUGAUACCCAGGACAAUAUUCCGAAGGAAAAUGAAGUCCAACAAGGUGAACAUGAGGAGAUCACUCCUCCUUUGGACAACAAUAUUUCAGCUUUGAAGGAACAGCUGGGUGCAAUGGAUGCUGAGAACAAAGAACUGAAGCAAAAGGUUGACCAGUUGAAGAGCAUUCAGGUUGCCCAAGGUAAUGUGAUUAGGAAUCUGAAGUUUGCUCAUUUGAAGGAGAAGGAAAAGUUGAGCACUGAGAGGAGGAAUUUGGAGUUUCACAUUGCUGAUCUUGUCAAAGCUAGUGACAAGAACAAGAGAAAGUUGAAGGACAUCAAGGAUAUUUGCGAUGAAGAGUGA